GAGCACGUCGUGGUUUUCAAAAGUGCCCUUCCUUGGGGGGGGGGGCUCAAUCUUGGGGGAUCUCAGGCCGAGCGCCCACAAACCGAGACACCCCCAGUUAGUGGAGACGUCUGCAAACGCUGACCUCAAUAGCGCUGGAUCCCUUGUGUUAGGAGAGCAUGUAGGGCCCCCGCCAUGAUCAGGGCCCCUUUGUGCAUAAACACAGAGUAACGUUACAAUCCCUGUCUCUGGGAGCUCGCUGAGGAAAGUGAAUCUGGUUGUGCCUCAGUUUCCUCCUGUGUAGAACGGGGAUAAUGACCCCUCCCUGGGGGGCUGACUCCCUUCCUGUGUGGGGCUCAGGCCCAGAGACCAGCCUGUGAGUUGCUCUGUCCACGGCAGUGGAUGAGGCAGGGGCCACACACGGCAUAUGAGGAUCCCAACACUAGGGAGCUGUAACUCGGUGUCUGUGGGGUGGGAGCCCAGCUGGCAGGGCCGGGAUUCUGGGUGGGGGGAACUCUGGGAUCUGGCAGAGAAUCUCUGCUUGGGGGCCCCUGGAUCUGCAUGUGGUUGGGGCCAGCCGGGGCUGGGUGGGUGCCUGGGUCUGGCUCUCAGUGUCUGUCUCCUGUGCGCAGAUCCAGAGUUACCCAGACCCUCCAUCUCCCUGAGCCUCACUUCGGUCACUGCCCCAGGGGCAGACGCCACCAUCUGGUGUCAGGGGCAGCGCCGGGACGUGAGCUUCUUCCUGUACAAGGCUGGAGACCUGAACCCGCAGCAACGCAUGGACCCUGCUGGGGCCUGGGCCGAGUUCCGCAUCCCCAGCGUGGGCCGGCAGCACGGAGGGAGCUACAGCUGCAGCUACCGGCCCCGGUCAGAGCCCUUCGUCUCCUCGCAGCCCAGCGACCCCGUGCAGCUGGUGGUAGCAGGGGGAACUGACCCGACCCAGCCUGGAGCGGCGCCGGCUCCCACCCGCCCGGGCAGCCCAGGGCCAGCAGCCCCCCCGGGGCGCCCGGAUUUCACCCACACCAACAUCGCCCGCCUGGGGCUGGGCGCCGCGGUCCUGCUCGUCCUGGGGCUGAUCCUGGCCGAAGCCUAUUACAGCCGCCCGAGGGGGGCGCCCUAGCUGAGGUGACCCCAUUGUCGCUUGCCUCUGGAUCCUUAUUCCAGUGUCUCCACAUCCUUUCUAUGGAGCGGGGACCAGAACUGGACACAGCUCCCGGCCUGCCCAGCGCCGAGCAGAGCGGUUCUCACCGCCCGGGAAGUGCGCGCUGCACCUCUGGUAGUGCAGCUGCACGUUGCAUUUGCUUUUGUCUUGCACCGGCAUCGCGUCGCUGACUCAUGUUGAGGGUGCGAUGAUCCACCACAGCUCCCCGCUCCGUCCCAGCAGUGCUGCUGCCAACCCAGCUACCCCCAUCCUGCGUUUGUGUCUUUCGUUUUUCUUUCCUUAGUGCAGCACCUCCAUUGACUUUCGACCAGCUUGGAAAAGAGACGACUAAGGGGGGAUACGAUGGAGGUGUUACCGAAAUAUCGGGUCUGCCUACCUGAGAGCCAAUAACAACCUGACAGGGAUAAGGAAAAGAUGUUUUAUUCUGCAGAAGAAAGAGCUCUGUAUCAAGAUAGAAAAACUCUGCUGCACACAAGUUUCACAAGCUUUUUAUACACUUUCAGACAAAGACCAUGCCGUGUUAACCCUUCAUUGGUGGGUGUCCAACCCCGUGCUUCUGUUAUCUGGUUAGUAAAAACUGGCUUGGAGCAAGAUUUCUCUGCUUUGAGGCAGAAGAGAAAAGAUAGUUAAAAAGUUCAGGUCACUGUGUACGUAAGGCUUCUGCUUCCCCCUACUGGCCGCUUGUAAGCUAUUAAGGGGGACCACUAGUAACUUUCACAGAGGUCUGUAAAAUCAUGACGGGUGUGAAGAAAGUAAAUCAGGAAGUGUUAUUUACUCCUUCUCAUAAGACAAGAACUAGGGGGCACCCAAUGAAAUGAAGAG